AUGCAGUCGGGAAUCUCAGUCUCCUCGGAGCUGCACGAUGCCUUCAACCGUUUCACCUCCGACACCUCAAGCUUCUGUCUCCCGGUGACUAUCACAUCGGAGGAGCUGACACCACUCACCCCUAUCGGCUUCGCCGGUGCCUCUUCCGGUCCGGAUGCUUUCUUCUCGUCGCUGUCGCAAAUCUCGUCCAUCCUGCAGCCCAAGACCCCGAUCUACCUGCUGCUCCGCCGUCCCACUUCCACCUCGACCUCCCUAGUCGCUCUGACCUAUAUCCCUUCCAAUGCGCCCGUGCGCCCCAAAAUGCUCUUUGCGUCGACUCGCACGUCGCUGACUCGGGAGCUUGGAAGCGAGAAGUUCGGGUCCUCAGUAUUCGCCACAGAAGAGGAUGAGAUCAUCAGUCAGGAUGCGUGGAAGGAGCGCGAUGGUAUCGCUGCUGGUAUUGGUCGGGAAGAGCUGAUGGGCGAGAAGGAACGUGAGUUAGAGGCUGUUCGGAGGGCUGAGGCCGAGGCUCGCAGUGGAACUCCCCGAAGUGACAUCGGUAUUGGCGGCACUUUUGGACCGGGCUCUGGAUCGGGCAUGAGAGUUACCAUGCCUGUUGAUGAUGGCGCUAAGGCGGCUUUGAAGGAGCUACAGGAAGGUGGUCUAGUGCAGCUGACUGUUGAUAUUCCCACGGAGAAAAUCACACUCGCCGACUCCCAAUCUGGUGUCGAGCCAGACUCUGUCGCCUCCCAUAUCUCCACAUCUUCGCCCCGGUAUUCCUUCUACCACUAUCCCGGCUCGAGUGUUGUGAUUUUCGUGUACACAUGUCCCACUGGGUCUUCGAUUAAAGAGCGUAUGCUGCACGCUAGCUCGCGGAGGACUGCCAUUGCGGUGGCCGAGGAGGAAGGACUCAAGAUCGAGAAGAAGAUCGAGGCCUCUGGUCCGGAUGAAAUCACUGGAGACCGACUGCAGGAAGAAGUCAAGCCGCCCCGGGACCAGGGUCCUGCGCGUGGAUUUGCCCGUCCCCGUCGCCCUGGCCGGUAA